AACAAAACAAGUAUAACAACUUUAUUUCAAACUUCUACCUUCAAAACAAUCAAGAUGAGAGACAGUGAGGGAAUUCCAAACACAGAAACCACAAAAUUCCUUUAAUAGAUUGACUAAUGUCUCAGAUUACUAAUGUCUCUAGGCUCUUCAUAUAUCUUAUAAAACGAGUUCAAUAUACACAAAAUGCCCAAAUCAAGCAAAUCUUGAUUUGUUCUUAUUCUUUGCAUGAAUCACAGAAGGGAAGAGAGUCAAACCAAAUCUGUGUUCGUCCCAAGCCUCUCCGUCUUCGUCUCUCGCCCUCGCUCCUCGCCUCUCUGUCUUCGUCGCCUCGCCUCUCCCGAUCGAUUCGCCCUCUUCGCCUGUUCAGCUCUGCUUCGUCUCAGAGGGGCUAGGGCACAACCAAACCAAAGGGGCAUGUGUCAUAAGAGGGAAUUUCAAAUUUUAGGGAAAAAUUAAAAAAAAAAAGGUGAAAACGACGUCGUUUUCACCAAAACGAUGCCGUUUCGAAAGGGCGACAGGAAGGGCGACAGGAAAGUGCUACCGAAGAUCUGUAUUCGUCAAAACCACCUUCUUUUUUCUCUCUCUCACUGUAUUUUCUUCUUUUGGUUUCAUACACAAUCCAUGACCAAAAGCCACUCUCAUCAUCUGAUUUUCACAAAACCCACAUGGAUUCACUGAAACCCAGUUCAGCUCCAACCAAGAACAAGUUAGCCAAAACCUUCCACAAAGUCAUUCACCUCAGAAAAGCCUCAAAAUCCCUUUCAAAUACUGGGUUUUGCUUGCUCAUACCUCAGGACCACAAACUCAAAAACGAUUCACAACGUUUCGACAAAGACAACAAUAACGAUGAAGCAAGGUCUCGAAACAGAGCUGCCAUGGAAGCUUUUGCUGCGAAGCUCUUCGCCACCAUUUCAGUUGUCAAAGCCGCUUACGCGGAGCUACAAAUGGCUCAGUUUCCUUACAACUGCGAAGCGAUUCAGUCUGCUGAUGAAGCUGUGGUGUACGAAUUGAAAUCUUUGUCUGAGUUGAAACAGAGCUUCUUGAAGAAACAGCUCGGUUCUUCGCCCCCUCAUGUGACUAUGUUGCUUGCGGAGAUUCAAGAGCAACAGAGUCUCAUGAAGAUGUUCGACAUUACGAUGAACAAAGUGAGGUCCGAAUUAGAUACCAAAGACAAAUUUCUCUGAUAUAUAUUUAGGGACCUUAGACAUCAAAAAGUAAUUUUGUGGAUCUCUUCCAUUAUGAAAAGUGGGAGAGGGACCCUAGACUAAU